UCACAAAUUAACUAUACAAAUUGUUCAACACCAAUCUAGAGAACUCAAGAAAAUUGAAGCAAAUCACAAAUUAUCCAUAAAUAACAUGAUUAAUUCAAAACUUCUUCCUUUAAAUUAAGUUUCUUCACUCUCCACUCGAUAACAUCAACUUCAUUCUACACAAUUAUAAAGAAAAAAUUAGACAUGUCUCCACAAACAUAAAUAUGAUUAGUUGUUUAAAUUUUAGAAUAUUAAAUAUACCGAGAAAAUUAAUUAUAUGGGUGUGGGCGGGUACCCAUGAGGCGGGUUUACCUAAACCCAAACUCAACCCAACCCGGUGAAUAGUGACGGGUUUAAACCCAAACCCGGCCCAAAGUUAUGGCUAAUAGUAGGGUUGGGCAUGUGGGCGGAUCAUCCACAGGUUUGGGGCGACCCACCUGCAUUUGACUCGAAUUUUGGUUAUGUGGGUGGGUGACGGGUUGCGUUGGGAGCUAUCCGCCGGGUGGCGGGUGGGUUGUGGGCGGGUGCGCGGGUUACCCGCUUAACCCAAUAGCAAAAAGAACAAAGUCGUAGGCCCUGGAGAGAGUGGAGACGUUAGACGGAAACUAGGGUUGUUCUUGGGGAUUGAACCUCAAAACCAAUCUUACAAAUCAAGAACCGCUCUUCUUCCCUUUAUUUUUUCCUUUGAUUCUUUUGCCUAGAUCACCUCUCUUUCCUCCAGUGAAUUAUUUUCCUUAGUUCUUUGCGCUUGAUAAUCAUCUCCAUCUGUAGAAAAAUCCUCCAUAAUGGAAUUUCAAUAAAAUUUCAGAACUAAUUCAACAUUUUCCCCUAUUCCAUCGUCUUGUUUUCGCGCGAUAACACUCUCCAUCGAUUAUUAUGUCAAAUUGACUCCUUUGAAUUAUGUACAUUGUGAUGUGGGUGAAUCCGCAGAUCCACCCGCAUCAUCCACCAUACCCAACCCAACCCGAGAUUAAAUGUGGGUGGGUGGUGGGUUAAAAAUUAUCAAUCCGUUUAAGCGUGGGUGGGUACAUUUUAUGGUCAAAAUCAGCCCGACCCACCCAAUGGCCACCCAUAUGUAUUUUCAAAUUUUGCCUAAAUAAUAACUAGAUUAUGGCCCGGCUCUUGGCCGGGAGAGUUUGAUUCUCAUGUUGUCAUGUAUAAGUGUAGGUAUAUAUUUUUGUUAUGGUUCAUGUUGUUGAGGUUUCAAGGGUCUAUCUUGCCAUAAAACAAAAGUUUGAUGACUUAUUUGGUUACGUCAUACAGUUUGGUGACCAUUUUGGUAAUUUUAAUCCCAUAAUCUUCCCAUUUGGCACACAAAACCCUGAACCCUCGAACCUUCACGCCUCUCCAUCGCUGUCGAAUCUCCAUCUCCAGUUCUCCACCAUCUCCACACUUUCUCCAAAACCCUAUCCAUGGCGCUCUCCAAACCCGCUCUCUUCACCCGCUUCAAAACCCUAUCCAUCCCCUUCCGCCACCACCCCCGUCCCCUUCCGCCGCCGUCCAGCGUGACUAUCCGCUUCCUCUCCUUCUCCAGCCCGGAAGAAGCCGAGGCAGAGCGCCGCCGCCGCAAGCGCCGCCUCCGCAUCGAACCCCCGCUCUCCUCCGCCCACCGCGCCCAGCAGCAGCAAUCCCAGCAACCCAAGAAACCCAGUCAGGGUGCUAACGAGUUCAAGCUGCCGGAACCAGUCUCCGCCCUCUCCGGCAACCGGCUGAAUCUCCACAACCGCAUCCUCACCCUGAUCAGGGAGAACGACCUCGCCGAGGCGGCGCUUUACACCCGCCAUUCCGUCUACUCCAACUGCCGCCCCACAAUCUACACCGUCAAUGCCGUGCUCAACGCUCAGCUCCGCCAGGGCAAAUUUGCGGACUUGCUCUCCCUUCACCGUUUCAUCAUUCAAGCAAAUAUCGCUCCCAAUGUGAUCACCCACAAUCUGGUCUUUCAGACUUAUUUGACCUGCAGGAAACCGGAUACGGCGAUGGAGAUUUACAAGCAGCUGAUCAAUGACGCUCCCGUGGCUCCUUCUCCGACGACUUACAGGAUUUUAAUCGAAGGGUUAGUGAACAACGGUAUGGUGGAGAAGGCUCUGGAGUUGAAGGAAGAGAUGGUGGUGAACGAAGCUUUUUCUCCUGACCCUCUCAUUUAUCAUUACUUGAUGGUGGGCUGUGUGAAGAACAAUGAUGCUGAUGGAGUCUUUAAGCUGUACGAGGAGUUGAAGCAGAAGCUUGAUGGUGGAGUUGUGACUGAUGGUGUGGUUUAUGGAGCGCUGAUGAAAGGUUACUUCAUGAGAGGAAUGGAGAAGGAGGCCAUGGAUUGUUACGAGGAAGCCGUUGGUGAGAAUUCGAAGGUCAAGAUGAGUGCUAUUGCCUACAACUCUGUGCUCGAUGCUUUGUGCAAGAAUGGUAAGUUUGAUGAGGCUUUGAACUUGUUCGAACGUAUGCUUCUAGAGCACAAACCUCCAACUCGUUUGGCGGUUAAUCUUGGAAGCUUUAACGUUAUGGCUGAUGGGUAUUGCUUGCAAGGGAGGUUUAAGGAUGCCAUUGAGGUUUUCAGGAAGAUGGGUGAUUACAGGUGCAGCCCCGAUAACGCAUCCUUCAAUAACUUGAUGGAUCAAUUGUGCAAAAAUGGGUUGUUAGCUGACGCUGAAGAGGUUUAUGGUGACAUGGAUGGAAAGGGGGUGAAACCGGAUGAGUACACCUUUGGCUUAUUGAUGGAUGCUUGCUUUCACGAGGGUAGAAUUGAUGAUGGUGCUGCAUAUUUUAGGAAGAUGGUCGAUUCUGGGCUGAGACCGGACUUGCCUGUUUAUGAUAGAUUGGUUGAUCAGUUGGUUAAAGCUGGGAAGAUUGACGAGGCAAAGUCGUUUUACGAGCUGAUGGUGAAGAAACUGAGGAUGAACAAUGAGAGCUAUAAGUUCAUAAUGAAAGCUCUAAGUGAUCAUGGGAGGUUGAACGAAGUGCUUCAAUUGGUCGAUGCAAUGCUGGAUGAUGAGUCUAUCGACGUGAAUGAGGAGCUUCAGGAGAUAGUGAAAGGCGAGUUGAACAAGGAAGGGAGAGGAGAUGAACUGGACAAGCUUAUGGAAGAAAAAGCCAGGCUAAAGGCGGAAGCUAAGGCGAGAGAGAUUGAAGAAGCUGAGGCUACCAAGAGAAGGGCGAAAAUUUCCAUCGCCAAUCUGUUCCCACCUAAGAACAAGGAAGUGGAGACAGGUUCUGCAGAGGAAAAUGAUGCUAAUGCUAAUGAGGCAGCUCCUGCCGCUGCAGAAUCUGCAGCGGGUGAAGACCAACCCAUAGAGAAAGCUACUGUAUCUGGUGAUUCAGAAGACUCGAAAGACGAGGUAAGAGCUUGAAAGAUGGUGAAGUACUGUUAUUUGCCACCCCAAGUACUGUUAUUUGCCACCCCUUUAUCAAGCCAUGUUAAGGUCAUUCAUCUGAUUUUGCGAUCUAUUGUUAGCAUGUAAUUAAACAAUAGCUGGGAAAUGAGAGGGGGAGUGUUGAGUUCUAGGCGCAGUGAGUCAAAUGUGUUUGAAGGGUUUCAAUGUUGGAGGAUGCCUAAGUUUAGAGACUGCGCCUUCUGUUCAUUUCUAUCUGCACUUCAAUAAGUAGUUCUGUUCUGC